UGGUCUCGCGCGCCCCGCCCCCGCCCCCGCGGCCCCGCCCCGGCGCGGGGACCACCCUCCGCCCGCGGAGGCGGGGGCCAAGCGCUCGGGGCACUCUCGGCUGUCCCGGCCCUUCGCCGCCGCCGCCGCCGCCGCCGCCGCGCGGUGGUUCCUGCGGAUCCGCGUGCGCCGCCGGCCGGGAGAGCUCUCAGACCGCGAGGAGCGCCGCAGGAACCCGUGGGACGCAAUGCGAGCCAGGAUGCUGUCAACCUUAAUUUAGUCCCGCCUACAGGCGAGGAGGAGGAGGAGGAGGAAGACGCUGGUGAUAAAGGAUAAGGAAGAAGCACAUUGCAGAGCUGACGCCGUAGCGCAGCAUGGUUGCCUGAGACAGAAGCUUCAGCAAUUGCUGGAAUAAGUGGAGGGGAAAUAUGAAACCUUAGCCGUUCACCCGGCAAGAGAGUUUCAAGAUGGCAGCUCAGCGCAUCCGAGCUGCCAACUCCAGCGGCCUCCCACGGUGCAAGUCCGAGGGGACCUUGAUUGACCUGAGUGAAGGGUUUUCAGAAGCAAGCUUUAAUGAUGUCAAAGUGCCUUCUCCCAGUGCCUUGCUCGUAGACAAUCCCACGCCCUUUGGAAAUGCAAAGGAAGUGAUCGCAAUCAAGGACUACUGCCCAACCAACUUCACCACCCUCAAGUUCUCCAAGGGCGACCACCUCUACGUCCUGGAUACGUCAGGCGGGGAGUGGUGGUACGCACACAACACCACAGAGAUGGGCUACAUCCCUUCUUCUUACGUGCAGCCCUUAAACUACCGGAACUCCACCUUAAGUGACAGCGGGAUGAUCGACAAUCUUCCAGACAGCCCGGACGAAGUAGCCAAGGAGUUAGAUUUGCUCGGAGGAUGGACAGAUGACAGGAGGGAGUCAAGCAAAACCUACAGUAAUAAUCCUUUCUGGAACGGUGUCCAGACAAACCCGUUUCUCAAUGGGAACGUGCCAGCCAUGCCCAGCGCGGACCUACCGACUCCCAAAAGCACCGUGGACUUGCUCCUCUUCGACACGGGCACAUCUUCGUUCACCGAGUCCAGCCCAGCGAUGACCAACAGCGCCGGCAACAUCUUCGACGAGCUGCCGGCUACCAGCCGCCUUCACGCGGAGCUGACGGUCAGGCGGGACAACCCUUUCUUCCGGAGCAAGCGUUCCUACAGCCUCUCGGAACUCUCCGUCCUCCAAGCCAAGUCCGACACUCCCGCGUCCUUGGGCUUUUUUACGGGCUUGAAAUCGCCGGCCCCCGAGCAGUUCCAGAGCCGGGAGGACUUCCGGGCUGCCUGGCUGAGCCACCGGAAGCUGGCCCGGUCCUGCCACGACCUGGACUUGCUGGGCCAAAGUCCCGGGUGGGGCCAGACCCAAGCGGUGGAGACGAACAUCGUGUGCAAGCUGGAGAGUUCGGGGGGCGCCGUGCAGCUUCCCGACACCAACAUCAGCAUCCACGUGCCCGAAGGCCACGUGGCCCCAGGGGAGACGCAGCAGAUCUCCAUGAAGGCUCUGCUGGACCCCCCGCUGGAGCUCAACAGCGACAGGUGCAGCUGCGUCAGCCCGGUGCUGGAGGUGAAGCUGAGCACCCUGGAGGUGAAAACCCACAUCGUCUUGGAGAUGAAGGUUUCAGCUGAGGUGAAAGGUGACAUUUUCAGCAAAAGCACAGUGGGCCUCCAGUGCCUGAGGAGCGACUCAAAGGAGGGGCCCUUUGUCCCCAUCCCACUCACCUACAGCUACGGGGACACGGUCCGGGUCCAGCUGGACAACCUGGAGCCCUGUAUGUACCUGGCCAUCGUUGCCCACGGCCCGAACAUCCUCUACCCUUCCACGGUCUGGGACUUCAUCAAUAAAAAAGUCACCGUGGGUCUCUAUGGCCCCAAACACAUCCACCCAUCCUUCAAGACGGUGGUGACCAUUUUCGGGCAUGACUGUGCCCCCAAGACCCUGCUGGUCAGCGAGGUCACCCGCCAGGCCCCUAGCCCGGCCCCAGUGGCACUGCAGCUCUGGGGCAAGCACCAGUUCAUCUUGUCUAGGCCCCAGGAUCUCCGAGUCUGCAUGUUUUCCAACAUGACCAACUACGAGGUCAAAGCCAGUGAGCAGGCCAAGGCCGUGAGAGGGUUCCAGGUGAAGCUGGGCAAGGUGAGCCGCCUCAUCUUCCCCAUCAGCUGCCACAACGCCAGCGAGCUCUCCGACUUCACCUUGAGGGUCCAGGUGAAAGACGACCAGGAGGCCAUCCUGACCCAGUUUUGCGUCCAGACCCCACAGCCACCCCCGAAAAGUGCCAUCAAGCCGUCCGGGCAGAGACGGUUCCUCAAGAAGAACGAGGUCGGGAAGAUCAUCCUGUCCCCGUUUGCUGCCACCACCAAGUACCCGACUUUUCAGGACCGCCCUGUGUCCAGCCUCAAGUUCGGCAGGUUACUCAAGACGGUGGUGCGGCAGAGCAAGAACCACUACCUGCUGGAGUACAAGAAGGGGGACGCCAUCGCCCUGCUCAGCGAGGAGAAGAUCCGGCUGAAGGGGCAGCUGUGGACCAAGGAGUGGUACAUCGGCUACCACCAGGGCAGGGUCGGCCUCGUGCACGCCAAGAACGUGCUGGUGGUGGGCAAGGCGCGGCCCAGCCUCCUGUCCGGGCCCGAGCUGAGCACGGCGGUGCUGCUGGAACAGAUCCUGCGCCCGUGCAAGUUCCUCACCUACAUCUACGCCUCCGUCCGCACGCUGCUCAUGGAGAACAUCAGUAGCUGGCGCUCCUUCGCCAACGCCCUGGGCUACGGGAACCUGCCGCUCACCUUCUUCUGCCGGGCCGAGCUGGACAGCGAGCCCGAGCGGGUGGCGUCCGUCCUGGAGAAGCUGAAGGAGGAUUGUAACAGCACGGAGAGCAAAGACCGGAAGUCCUUCCAGAAGGAGCUCAUGAUGGCCUUACUGAAGAUGGACUGCCAGGGCCUGGUGGUCAGACUCAUCCAGGACUUCGUGCUCCUGACCACGGCGGUCGAGGUGGCCCAGCGCUGGAGGGAGCUGGCCGAGAAGCUCGCCAAGGUGUCCAAGCGACAGAUGGACGCGUACGAGUCUCCUCACCGCGACAGGAACGGGGUGGUAGACAGCGAGGCCAUGUGGAAGCCCGCGUACGACUUUCUACUCACCUGGAGCCACCAGAUCGGGGACAGCUACCGGGAUGUCAUCCAGGAGCUGCACAUCGGCCUGGAUAAGAUGAAAAACCCCAUCACCAAGCGCUGGAAACACCUCACAGGGACCCUGAUCCUGGUGAACUCCCUGGACAUCCUGCGAGCGGCCGCUUUCAGUCCCGUGGACCACGACGACUUUGUGAUUUGAACGGGUCUCCGACCUCCUGAUGCCCUCCCAGAGGGCUGCUCCGGGGCGCAUGCUCUCUGUCUGCCCCGGAUGCCCAGGCGGGCACGUAGAGCUGGGGAGGGAGGGAAGGUCAGCUCAGACAGACCCAGGGUCCCUCCUGGCUGUAUCCACACCCAGGACCGAGCACACGCGAUGUUCCACCCGCCUCCUCUGUCACGGGGGAGACCUGAAGGGAAUUUCUACUGCAGGUUGUUGCCAAUCAAAUAGCUUUCUAUUUGUUAAGUAUAAAUUUAAAUUUAAAUCACUUUUUUUUUAAAGUAUGGGGGGUGGGGCGCGUACGAGAAAGGUGGUAUCUAAUUUUUUAACGGACCGUAAAGGUAAAAAAAAAAAAAAGAAAGAAAACACUUCAUGGGGCAGAUACUGUUGAGGUUUUUAUGUUCUAUAAAGACCUUUUUAAAUUAUGUUACAGAUGUAUAUAUGUAUUUAAGGGUCAUGGGGGCAUUUCUGAUUGCCGGAUUCUCUUUGCAUUUCAACACUUAGCACGGAAAGACACUCGUUCAGAUGUUGGACCUUUUUGCCUCUGUACUUGUAAAAAAAAAAAAAAAGAAAUCAAAUAGGAAACGUGGUGUUUCAGUAAAUGAGUGUGGUCCGUGCCCGUUCUUUCUGAGGCUGCCCUAGCCCUGCGAUUCCCUGUGAUUUUUAUUACCUUCUGUACCUUGGCCUCGUGUUGCAGUAAAGGAACGGCCACAGCACAGGGGAAGCUUUUUUGAGCUUUAGCAGGAAGAGUGAAAUCCAACAGGAGCAAUUUGGGUGCACUUGAGAUGAGAGGGCGGCGGGCAGGUGGCAUUCUCUAUGGCCCCUGCCUGUGUGCCCUUAAUCCUGCAAAAGAGCUACGCCAUUUGGAGAGAGGUGGCCCCUGCAGCUCUGAGAGGUCCUGCUUCUCCCCGGGGACAGGGGAGUGCUUGCUGCAGAGCUCGAAGCCUCUCCUCUGGGCACGAAGAAAACAUCACCACAAGCACACCCUACGCUGACGUCCAGAGGUGCCCGCUGCCAUUUGCCAAAUUCUCUACUUCUUUCCACCUAAAAUGUAACCCCUCUCCCCUCCUGGUGUGCCCAUCUCUCCUUGGAAAUAAAUAGCAUAAGGAAAUCUUUUUUUUUUUUUUUUUAAACAAUAUGAAGAUUAUCUGAGCAGGAUGAAUAUCAUCUGAAAAUGUUUCCCACAUAAAAUCUGGGACUUGGCGGACUGUUGCAUUGAUAACCUUGAUGGUUGGAGAUCAACUUGCUGGGCUGAAUUCUACAAUUGCGUUGUGGAUGCAUCUCGGAAGGGAGUGAGGGACAGGGAUGAAGAAAUACUGGCAGAUCAAUAGAGCUGAUCCCCAGGAAGGGGCCAGGAUAUGCGCUGUGCUUACAUGAGUGAUGCUGGGCCAUCUGGGGUUCCGGCAUCUCAUUCUCUAAAUCUGCUUUCUGGAAACAUGCUAAUUACUUAGUAUAAUCAAUGUAAAUCCCUUAUUGGGCUAAAACAUUCUUAUAUAUCUAUUGAUUCAAAUACGGAAGACCAACUGACUAGAAAACAACAACAACGAUAAAAAAAAACCACUACAUGUUUUAUGCUGCAAGAACCAAGAUACACAAUUCCCCCAAA